UUCAGUCACCACAGCAACAGCAACAAGAGUUGGUGUCCUCCUCGGCUGCAGAUCCAGUUGAGGAGGUAUCGGUUCAGGCUCCGGCAAACUCUGCUCCCCCGAUGGCCAUCAGCUUCGACUUCCAGGAGGCUGAAGCCAGCGAAACUCGCCGGAUUGCCAAGCCCAGGUCCAGGCUUCGACGGUUCCAAGCACGAGCACCCGCCCCGGCUCCGGCCAUGCCACCAGCUCCUGCUCAUUCCCAGCCUGUACCGCCUCCCGUCCCCGCAGCUCCGGUCGUCGUCGCAGCACAGUCCCCGUCGUCGGUGGGUGACAAGGACAAGGGCAACGCCCCCGAGUCCUCCGCCGACGCCGACGAGCCCACGGACCCCACGCACACGUUCGAGUCGGUUAUGCUGCCAGGCGACCUCAUCCGCCGCCUCUUCGAGAGUUGGAUUGAAGCAUGCGCGACAUUUAUGGAGACCUCGGACCUGUGCGCAAACGUCUCGCCGCGGUGGACUCGUUCCUGGAAGCAAUCGACCUUGGUUGAUCUGGGCGAGAAGUUGCCGGCGGACGUCGAGGAGGCACACAUGGCCCGGGAGAACGUCGCGAUACUGGUCAAGAGGUUCUUUCAGUACAACCUCCUUCGAAGGAUGGAUGGUCCGGUCAAGGAUGGCAAGAACGCGGUUUUGAGGCAUGUGAAGGAGCUGGCGGCAAAGGAGGGUAUUGACUUGGGCCAGGUGGAUAUCUGAGGCUGGUGGUGGCUCAUGUUCUUGCGAGGAGGAGGAGGAGGAGGAGGAGGAGGAGGGUGGUGAUGCUGCAUGGUUUGCUCUUGUUGGCUUUCGUCGCUGCUUUUUUGGCUUUUGGUUUUUUUUCCUCGUUCCGUUCGCCUUUAUCUUUUUUCUGCUUUUUGUAUUUUUAGUUACCCGAGGGUCGCCGUGCUCGCGGGGGUGGUGGGUGGGCCAUUUUGUAUUAUUAGGUUUCUCUUCUUUCGUCUACUGUCUUGACACUUGAGGCUCUUCAAGCUCGAGGGGGCGGUGUGGGUGGACCUUUCAACAUGCUUGCUUCGCACACCUGCA